UGUGGGUCCCCCGCCGCCCGCCCCAGCCGUGAACAUGGCUGCGAGCCCCGCCGCCAGCCUCGCCUGCUCGCUGCUGCUCCUUUCCUGGGCUCUGCUCCGCGGCGGCUGCCGGGCGCGCUUUGCCGCCGAGCCGGACUCGGAGGACGACGACGAGGAGGUGAGGGUUUUCCCCGAGUCGCCCCUGCAGAGACCCACGGUACUGGUGGCCAUCCUGGCCCGCAACGCUGCGCACACGCUGCCUCACUUCCUCGGCUGCCUGGAGCGGCUGGACUACCCCAAGAGCAGGAUGGCCAUCUGGGCAGCCACUGACCACAACAUGGAUAAUACAACAGAAAUACUCAGGGAGUGGCUGAAAAAUGUACAGAGAGUCUACCACUAUGUGGAGUGGAGGCCUAUGGAUGAACCUGAGUCUUAUCCUGAUGAAAUUGGCCCAAAGCACUGGCCUGCCUCCCGAUUUGCCCACGUGAUGAAACUACGGCAAGCAGCCCUUCGAACUGCGAGGGAAAAAUGGUCAGACUACAUUCUGUUCAUUGAUGUUGACAACUUCCUGACUAACCCACAGACCCUCAAUCUAAUGAUUGCAGAGAACAAAACCAUCGUGGCCCCCAUGCUGGAGUCUCGGGGCCUCUACUCUAAUUUCUGGUGCGGAAUCACACCUCAGGGCUUCUAUAAACGGACCCCAGACUACCUUCAGAUUAGAGAAUGGAAGAGGAUGGGCUGCUUCCCCGUGCCCAUGGUCCACUCCACCUUCCUCAUCGACCUCAGGAAGGAAGCCUCAGACAAGCUCAUGUUCUAUCCCCCACACCAGGACUACACCUGGACCUUCGACGACAUCAUCGUCUUUGCCUUCUCCAGCAGGCAAGCAGGCAUCCAGAUGUACCUCUGCAACCGAGAGCACUACGGCUACCUGCCCAUCCCCCUGAAGUCCCAUCAGACCCUGCAGGAUGACAUCGAGAGCCUCAUCCACGUGCAGAUAGAAGCCAUGAUUGACCGCCCUCCGAUGGAACCCUCCCAGUUUGUCUCAGUUGUCCCUAAGUAUCCAGACAAGAUGGGAUUUGAUGAGAUUUUCAUGAUAAAUCUCAAACGCAGAAAGGACAGGAGGGACCGGAUGUUACGCACCCUGUAUGAGCAGGAGAUUGAGGUCAAAAUUGUGGAGGCUGUGGAUGGAAAGGCACUCAACACAAGCCAGCUGAAGGCCCUGAACAUUGAGAUGCUGCCCGGAUACCGAGACCCCUACUCCUCCAGGCCUCUCACCAGGGGUGAAAUCGGCUGCUUUCUAAGCCACUACUCUGUCUGGAAAGAGGUAAUUGACCGGGAGCUGGAGAAGACUCUUGUUAUUGAGGACGAUGUGCGCUUUGAACAUCAGUUUAAGAAGAAGCUGAUGAAGCUGAUGGAUGAAAUUGACCAGGCUCAGCUGGAUUGGGAACUGAUCUACAUUGGUAGGAAGAGGAUGCAAGUAAAAGAGCCAGAGAAGGCGGUGCCCAGUGUGGUCAAUCUGGUCGAAGCCGACUAUUCCUACUGGACGCUGGGCUACGUCAUCUCCCUGGAAGGAGCGCGGAAGCUGGUCGGAGCUGAUCCUUUUGGGAAGAUGCUGCCAGUGGACGAGUUCCUGCCAAUCAUGUACAACAAGCAUCCCGUAGCAGAGUACAAGGAGUACUACAAAUCCCGGGACUUGAAAGCCUUCUCCGCAGAGCCCUUGCUCAUCUACCCCACGCACUACACAGGCCAGCCGGGCUAUCUGAGCGACACGGAGACCUCGACCAUCUGGGACAACGAGACAGUGGCCACUGACUGGGACAGGACGCAUUCCUGGAAGUCCCAGAAGCAGGGCCACAUCCACCACAACGCCAAGAACACAGAGGCCCUGCCUCCGCCGACCUCCCUAAACACCGUGCCUUCGAGGGAUGAGCUAUGAAGGCGCCAUGCAGGGUUCACCACCCUUUGGUUUCUCUAAUGGGCUGUUCAUCGGUUUGCUCUGGCUUCUUCUGGUGGUCACAGUAAUCCAACCAAAGCAGUCAAAAAGGGAUCAAUCAAAAUAAGUAUAUUUUUGACAGGGGAGGAGAAAUAAGAAAAUUAAACCCAAAUUUCCUAGGAUGGCUAGAAGAUAGGAUUGAUGGCAGCCAGU